AGUUCUGGUUGCACCAAUGGCAAAUGUGGUGCUAAAAAUUUUGUGUGGCGUUUGUGAGAAGGGUUACCUGGUUUGUUUUUUUUUAAAUACUGUUAAUAAUUGCUUAUAGAUCUGCUUGAACCAGUUGGGCUAAAAUAUUUUGCUUGGGUCAGACUGAAGUUAUGGUAGGAAAUUUGUAAUAAAAGGCUGUAUCAGAGACAAUAAUGAGAGGGUAAAUGGCUUUAUGCCCAUUUUAAAAAACCAGAGAAACAACAACAAAAAAAAAAAAGCCAAAACAAAUUGUUUAAUUAAUUUUAAAUUUUCCCAUGUUCUGUUCUAGGAAACUGAGAUUUGCUUGGAAGGGGCAGGUUGUUCAGCUCUGCUUUAUGCUUUCUCCACAAGUAAAAUCAAAUUUGGAAGUUGAAAGACUUUGAAAAAAUAUUUGUAUACACUCAGUAGAAUCUUGUGAAUUAGGAGCUAAGAGAUGCUGUUUUAGCUGUGACCCUGGCCACUACCUGGACCACUCUUGGCACAUCCAUGUCCAUAGCAGGCUGAUGUGGUCCCAGCUGGAGGAAUCCUUCUACCUGACUCAGGAGGGCAGAUGGUGGGGACAGCAGGAGGAAUCCAGCUGGAUGAGAAAGAAGGGAUGACACCCAGACUGGUUGGGCAGGGAGAUGGGAGCCAACUGCCCAGGCAUCAUGACAUUUCUUAAUUCCCCAGUGUGUGACUUUGUAGUGUUAAUGUCCUCUCCUGGAGAGCAGCGUGGGUGUCAGUUUGCGUGUAAUUCUGUAAAUAACAAGGGUGAUAUUUUUACUUUGUUUACAGGAGAUACACGAGUUAAUUUUAGGACAGGUAAUCUCAGACCAUGUGAGCCCGGGUUGUUUGUUGUACCUCUUUUCUCUACAGUAAUUUCUUUUGGAAGUAAACAAGUCCCUGCACAAACAUUUGCAAUGCCACUUAGAUAUGCAGAGUAAGAUUUCAGGCUUUUUUUUCCUUUUCUUUUUUAUACUGUUGGAUUAGUUUGUUUACCUUGUUGGAGUACUGUCCUUUGAAUUUUAACGUAUUCUGAUUUUUAAAUAUUUGAACUGUAGGUUAGAAUUUAUCUCUUCAAAUAUGCUAAAAGCUCUUUAAAGCAUUUGUUAGGUAAUAUGCAUUUCACUAGGUCUUGUGGCUCUUGAUGAUCAAGUCGGCUAAAAAGGAGAGGAUUCACCAUUCUCUGAUGGAUUAUUAAGUAAAAGGGAUUGGGAUUCCUUCUCUGAAGGCUGGGAACUCAUAAGAGGACAUUAUCCAGGGGAGGAAAGGGAGGUAAAGCUGGUGCAGAAAUACAGAGGUUGUAUGUGUGCUUGAAUGCAAGUAUAGGAAGUGGAAGGCUGAAAAAGCCAGGGAGAUGGAUGGAUGUAGCAGGAAAGGGUAACAAUCACUUCCUCUGUCCUGAGAUGUCCUGGUCUGUAAACUGAGGCAGACAUCUCAGGCCAGUGUGGUGCUGACCUUGCCUUUCAGCUCUCCAGGUUCAUUGCAGUGGUAUUUGCAGGUCUGCUGCCCAGUAUAUCAUGACUUAUUUAAAGCCAGUGUUGGGUGGUUUCCUGUGCCUGAAUGUUCUGAAGGAACACAGAACCAGGGGAGGGCCAAAGAUGGCAGCAACAUUUUGUUUGGAAGUUGAGAUUGAUACAGUGAUGAAUAUAAUCAGAGAAUUAUUUGCUGUGAAUUGUUUAUAACAGAUUGGUGUUUACUUGCCAAGAGACUGGGCUUUAGGAAAUGUCAGAAGUGGUGCAGUAAUAAUGGUCUUGUGUGUUGUGUUUUGUUGGUCUGUUUGUUUGUUUUAAAGUGGAGUUUUAUCACUUAUUUUUGUACAUUUUUCUACUUUUUUAAAAACCUGUGCUUCCAUUUGGUAAAGAGGAGAAAAAACCCAGUUUUUCUAGGUGGUGCAGUUUCCUUGUGUAAGUUUCUUGCUGACAGGCAUCCAUGAACAAGCCUGGGGACAAAGCAGUGACACUGUUUGAGUUCAUGAACCAGACAGAAGAGAUCAAAGCCCAGGGGAUAGUUCAUAUUAAAAUCAGUGUAAUCUUAUGGUUUAUCUCCACAACAGGCAAAGCAAGAAGCUCUCUUUAAAUUUGUGCUUCUUUUGAUCUCAGAGGAACUAAAUAAAUUUCACCAAAUGUCUGUGUUGUGGUUCAUGUUCCACAGUUAAAUGCACCCAUCACGUCUCCUGGCUGGUGAGGGCCUCAACUGAAAAUUUUGCAGCUGUGGUUUAGGAAAACAAUAUGGGGCAAAGUUCAGGUUAUUCAUUACCAAAACAAUAGUAACAAUCCCAGGGAUGUAAGCUGCACUGCCUUGAAAAACAAAAGGCAUGGCCAUUACCUUGGUAAGGGACCUUGUAGCCAUCUCUGACUUGGCUCGGUCCUUGCUUCAUGGCCAUCUCUGUGAGCCUGGGGACAGCUGGAGGGAUGUUCCACUGAAGGCAACAGCAGGAUUAUCCCAGAGCUGUUAUGUGUUCCCAGGUGUCAUCCUGGCACUCUGGCAGUGGCUGUGGGCUGUGCCCAGCUGUCAGUGUGCCAUCCCAAAAAAAGGCAUCAGCCACUUUUAGCUCCUCAGGUGGCUCAGCCUGGGCUGCCACAACAGGCACAGCACUGAGCGAGGGCGAGGCUGCUCAGCAGAGCAGGGAGAGCCCGCUGUGACAGGGCUGUCCCCAGGCUGGGCAGCAGGGGAGCACCAGCACAGCACUGGCUGCAGAGCUGCUCCCAUGGAGCCAGAGUCACUUUGGUUUUCUGCAAGCUUUGAGGAAGCAGAAGUUCGGAGUCUCCUUAGCUAUCCCCCGGCUGAGCUGUGUCACGGGAGCGUGCUGGCCCCUGGCCUGCUCGGAGGGUUCCGGGAGGGCUGGCUGGGUGCAGCCGGGAGAGGGAGCACGGAGAGCGGGAGCCGCCGUGGGGAUGUGCCUUCUCCUCGCGUCCAGAGACCGACUGGAGUGCCUGUACCUGCUCACUGGGAGUCAAUAAACAGCACAGUCUGCUCCUGCCUGAGGAGGAGCUUUCUGAGAGGAAUAGGGAAGAACGUCCUGUGUGAGAAAGCUGCUACCUCUGUGGAUGCCUUCAGGAUGGUCACAGCUGCCAGGUAUUACCCCAAGCUGAUGAGCAUCGUUGGCAACGUGCUGCGUUUCCUGCCCGCCUUCGUGAAGAUGAAGCAGCUGAUCGAGGAGCGCUACGUGGGCAACGUCAUCAUCUGCGACGUGCGAGUCUACGGGGGCAGCCUGCUCAGCCACCAGUACAACUGGAUCUGUGACGAGCUCAUGGGAGGGGGUGGCCUGCACACCAUGGGCACCUACAUCAUCGACCUCCUGACUCACCUCACCAGCAGGAGAGCUGAGAAGGUCCACGGCUUGCUCAAGACUUUUGUGAAGCAGAACACGGCCAUCAGCGGGAUCCGCCACGUCACCAGCGACGACUUCUGCGUUUUCCAGAUGCUCAUGAGCGACGGCGUCUGUUGCACUGUGACUCUCAACUUCAACAUGCCUGGGUCAUUCAUCCACGAGGUCAUGAUUGUGGGCUCUGCCGGCCGCCUCAUAGCUCGUGGGACAGACUUGUACGGGCAGAAGAACACCGCGCUCCGGGAGGAACUGCUGUUUACAGACUCUCUGCCUGUCAACAAGGGCCUGUUGGAUAAGGGGUUCAAGGACAUCCCGCUGCUCUACCUGAAAGGAAUGGUGUACAUGGUGCAAGCCCUGAGGCAGUCUUUCCAGGACCAGGAAGACCGUCGGACAUGGGAUCAUAAACCUGUGUCCAUGGCAGCCUCUUUUGAGGAUGGCCUGUACAUGCAGAGUGUGGUAGAGGCCAUCAAGAAAUCCAGUAGGUCAGGUGAGUGGGAGACUGUGGAGGUGAUGACUGAGGAACCAGAUGCCAACCAAAACCUCUGUGAGGCACUUCAAAGAAAUAACUUAUGAACAUUCCUACCUUGGAAAAUACUACUUCUGGCUGUAAUGUAAAAAAAAAACCCAGUUUUUAAGAUAUGUAGAUUCUUAUUUAAUAGCCUGAGUUUCUUGGUUUUUUUAAACAUGUAAAAUAUGUUCUCAUAGGAACAGUUCUGGUUUAAAUUGUUUGAAGAGUUUUAAAUGUUUCUGUUUUUUGCAAACAUUUAAUUUUUGUCUUGGAGACUGGUAGGAAAACUUGAAUUGCCCUUUGCACUUGCAGUAGCUGAAGUGAAUUGUGGGAUCUCUGCCAUUGCAUGGCUUGGAAAUGGGACACAACCCCUGUUGCACAGGUUGCUGAUUUAACCAUGAAAGCACACAGAGCAAGAUCAGGGAGUAUCUGUUGUUCAGAUGCCUUUUUCCUCUCUCUUGGGAGACUGAUUUAUGUUUUAAUCCUCAGUUUGUAAAAUUUUAGAAAAAAGUUCAGUGAUGUAACAAGUCUCUGAACUUGGACAAAGCAGAAGGAAUGGAUUAAAGUUAGUAACAUAAGGAUCAGCCUUUUGGCUUCCUGUGUGUGGUAAAUGUCUUUCAAAUUCAUUCAAACUGAUGUUUUAUUUAAAUGAUACUAUAAUUCUCUGUUGUUGGUGUCUUGGCAGGAAAAUAUUCAGGAAGUCUGUGAUGCAUUGAGCUAUUCUUCCAUAUCUGUAGACAUUAUUCCUUCUAUUCAAGAGGCUGCCUGCAUCCAGCAGCUGUUUUUCCAUAAGCUCUGUGCUUAUGUCAGUUGUGUUUACUGCCUGGCAGCACCAGUGCCGUGCCUGUGGGGCCACGUUCUCAUUUCUGUGACUGUUACUAAAUAAAUGACAAAUGCCUCCCUGGGUCACAGGAUUGCCACAGUGUCGUGGCUAACAAAGUAGUACAGCAUGAACCUUUCAGGGACCUGAAAGUGGAAGGAAGGAGGUAUUUCCUACCUCUUGCAGCUCUCUUAAUGUGCUGGCUGGGUAACUGUCACACUACACACAUCCUGGUAGUUGAGAGAACAGGGACUGAACUGCCAUGGGUAAAUGUGCUCUUGAUCUCAAACACUGGCUAUUAAUCCUCUGGUCCAGCCCAUCUUCACGCCCUCCUGCAGCUGGUGCCCAGUGGAGAGAUUUGUUGGCAGAUGAUGGGGUGGAAGUUCAUUCCUUCUGAGAAAUGUUUCUCUCUGAGGCAGGUAUGUGGAAAGGAUAGUCUAAUUUUACUACAUUUGUUUUGUGUACUUGAAAGCUUUUUUUUAAAAUGUUAUUUCCCACUAAAUUGUAACCCUGUGUAUUUAUGUAUAUUAACAUGCACGCUGCUGUUCCAUAAGCUGGACCUUCCUGAAAAGUAUCAUGUUUUCUACAGAAAUAAAAAGUUGUGUUUGUUGAGGGAA